CAACACGUGGUACUGGAGCACGGAUAAUGCAAUAUGCCAUUGGUUUUAUUAUCAACUGAGAGACAAGAUGAAGGACUGAAAGAACAUCCGACAGAAUAUGGCUUGCACAGUCGCGUUCUUCCAAGGCAAAGUUUGAAGAGUGAGAAAUUUGUCUGAUGCCGUGCAGUUUUAAAGAAUCAGUUCAUAUGCCAAGACCAGAGGGAAUAUUUGUGAAGUAUUAUAACAGACAUGGCACUUCGAAGGAGAGACAUUUUUAGAAUAACCAUGCCAACUGUCAUCUGUCCAAUGAAACCGAGUCAAAAUAAUUUUGUUCCUUUUUCAAACAAAGUUUUGAUUGGACAUCCUUGGGUGUGGGUUGAUUUUGGGGUGAGAGGAUACAGAAAAGCUGCCACUUCGCCUACAGAACAUAGGAAGCGAGCCAUCCUAUUGGUGCAAAUGUAUCGGUGUCCAUUUGAAGAAGCGAAUGCAUUCCUGGCCAAAAAUCAUUCAGUUGCCGCAAUGCGGCAGUCGAAAUUCAACAGCAUGAUAGAACUAUUCAGCAAGAACAAUAUAACCUUGAAGGAAAUUUACAGAUACCCAGGUGUUUUCAGAAGAAACUAUGACACUAUCAGUAGCCGCUUUGAACAACUACAGAAGAUGGGAGUUUACAACAUCAAGCUGGCAUACGUGAAUGCUUCUAAAACUGUUUUCGAAAGGAGGCUUGCCUUGCAACACAGAGAAAAACUAGCACGAGAUGUUUACCAGGAUGUCCCCACGAUGUUGAUGGCUUGUCUUGGUAUCUCACGACAGGAAGUGACAGCUCUCAUUGAGAGGAACGCCGUCCUGAAAGAGUCAAAACUGUCAACACUGAAAAUGAAAUUAGAGCUGCUUGUUGCUCAAGGGGUCACGAUGAAUGCAAUUUUGGAGAAAACCUGGAUUCUGACAUUGCCCAUUGAGCAGCUGGAAUCUCGUGCUAGGAUGCUGCGAAGAAAUAGCAUCACAUUUAAAAAAUGUUCAGCUAAAACUUUUUUUAACUUGUUGAAAUGCCCUAAUGAUUCUUUGGAACAAACUGUGGAAAAUGUGAAAUCUGAACUUCAGGUUUUGGGAUCUUGUGAUACCAAGGAAGAAUUCUUGUGCAAGUCUCUUCACUGUGACAUCACUCAUAUUGAUAUUUUAAAAAGAUCUUACUCCAGAAUUCUGAAUGUGAGGGCAACCAAACUCCACGCGACCUUGACAUUUCUGGAAAGCUGUUCUGUAUCGCGUGAGGAUAUUAUUCAACAUGGAAGACUGUUCUCUUUCAGUACUGAGACAAUCGAGAACAGGCAUAGGGAACUGACAGAACUUGGAUGUCAUAAAGUGACAGCCAAACUCUUGGCUCUCGAUGGCAGAGAUUAUAGGAAACUUGUUGACAGGUUAAAAAGUCAGAUUAUAUAAGUUAUACAUGAAUGUACAAAAGUUGUUUUUCUGUUACUUUAUAAAAUAUACUGCUUUCUUAGCUCUCUUGUACGAAGUACAGGCAUACUUUAUGUUGUACCCUGGCCUGAGUGUCGGCGUCCAAUUACUGAGAAAGCUAUGUUCAACAAAAUGUUGGAGGUAGUAUCUCAAAAAGCACUGCAUUUAUUGAGCUCAUUGUUUGCACACAUGUGGAGCAAAAUAACAAA